AUGGCGCUGACGACGCGCAUCGUCAAGGAGACAGAGAAGCUGCAGCGCGAGCACCCUGAAGGCAUCGAAGCUGCGCCGUCACCCACCAACCCGCGUUACUUCCACGUGAAGAUCCGUGGGCCGCCACAAAGCAGCUACGAGGGCGGCGUCUUUAAACUUGAGCUCUUCCUCCCCGAGGAGUACCCGAUGGUGCCGCCCAAGGUGCGCUUCCUUACGCGCAUCUACCACCCUAACGUUGACAAGGUGGGGCGCAUCUGCCUUGACAUCAUCAAGGACAAGUGGUCUCCGGCGCUGCAGAUCAUCAAGGUGCUGCUGAGCAUACAGCUGCUCAUGGCGAGCCCGAAUCCCGACGACCCGCUCGACAACGAGGUAGCUGAGUGCUGGAAGCGAGACGAGGCAGGUGCUAUGAAAACCGCGAGAGAAUGGACGCAGCGGUACGCAUCGCCGUGA